UUUUGACUUGUCUUUCUCAAAGAAAAAAAAAAGAAGAGAAUUGGAUGUCCAAUUACGAAGAGCAGCCCCGUGCGAAGAAGACCAAGAGAGAAGCGUUUCGGUUAUCGUGUUUGCCAGAUGAUUUGGUUAUGAACUGCCUUGCUAGAGUCUCGAGACCAGACCUCGCGGCCUUAUCUAUGGUCUCCAAACGCUAUCACUCUCUAGUGGCGUCGCCCGAUCUAUACAAGAUCCGAUCGCUGAUUGGUCGCACCGAAACAUACGUCUAUGUAUGCUUACGAAUCCCUACUCCUGUUCCAAGCGUGCGAUGGUAUAUCCUCCGCCGUAGAAAAACCCUAGACGCGUCUGAUCUGAUUCAGAUCCCUUCGCUCCCGUCCCAGCCUCUGGAAGCAUCCUCCGUGGUGGUGCUGGAUUGUAGCAUAUAUGUAAUGGGUGGGUUGAUAAAGGGAGAGCAGCGCAGCUCGGAUGUCUGGAGCUUGGAUUGUCGGACUCACGUGUGGCACCCUGUCCCUUCCAUGGGAGCGGGUCGAGCUUACGGGGCUGCUGGUGUUGUAGACGGGAAGAUUUACGUGUUUGGAGGCUGUGAUGUAGAUGAUAACUAUGGAGAGGUAUUCGACCCGGAGAUUCAGACUUGGAAUCCUUUGCCGCCUAUGCCGAAAAGGAAGAAGCAUAUCCACAGCAGUAUGGUGAGGGAUCAAAAGGUUUAUGCGUUGGACGAAAAGGAGAGAACGUUUUACUACUCGCCCAGGGAAGGUAAAUGGGGAACAGGAAAUCGCGGACAACUGGCAGGAUACCGAAGGGAUUGGUGUAUGGUUGAUAACUUGCUCUUUUGUCUGAGCAAAAACGGAGUUAUAUUGUGGUGCGAGCCGGGUGAGUUGGAUUUGCGUGAAACAGAGAGGGUGAUGAAUGUAGAGGUGGUCAGGGGUUUUACUUAUAGAUCUCUCUACCAGAAUCUCUUUCUUUCCAGACUUGUCCACUAUGGUGAUCAGAUUAUUGAUCGUUGGGAAGAAAAGUGGAUCAUGGAUGGUCGACCCCCGUUUAAGAUACCCAAAUGUUGGAAAAAGUUCAGGUUCGAACGUUUACGUCCAGGUGCCAGAAUGUGCAGCUCCGGUGGGAAGAUUGUGCUUUUCUGGGACAAGAUUUCAUUGGAGGGAUAUCUUCAUCAUAUUUGGUGGGCGGAGAUUUCAUGGGAGAGACUCCAAGGAGGGGAGAUUUGGGGCUACAUUGAACGGUCUAAUAUUGUCAUGCCUGUUGAACCUGUUAAAGCCCACAAGAAGGUGUAGAGAAGAAGGUACUGCUGCUCUUGUUUUCUUCUUUUUCUUGGCACUUGAUUCUGCUUCGUUUAUGCAUCUUUCUAUCAACUCAAAUCUCUUAAGCUGUGCCGAUUAGAGGAAAAUCUUUGUUCUUUGUGUUCAAGAUUAACAAAGAAGGUGAGACAAUUCUUGAGGAGAAUAACACACGGAGAAACAGUGAGGACGAAACCAAAUUCGGAUGGUUCUAAUAGAUUAUUGUUAGUACCGUUUGCUUUACUUCUCUCUGCAUUGUCUUGGUCUCCACCCCAUCAGCAUGUUUUAAAGGUGUAGGAAUUUAGACACCUGGCUAAAGCCAAUGAGUGGAUCCAUUCAAUCAUAUUUGAACAUUUUCGUCGAUUUAUAAGUGUUAGUUAGAGGCAAAUGAUUUGGAGCCUUUGCUUGCAACAGCUGCAUAUUAUCGCACCAACUUGAUUCCCUGUAAGGCUCUAAU